GGCCUAAGGAGCGAGGGAGCCACAGGCCAGAGGACAGCGCAGGCUCAGGACUCAGGUUGACCUUCUUCACAGCUGAGUAGUACUCUAUCAAUACCAGCACCUUUUCGGAAGAGUCAGAGUGAGGGGCAACAGAGACAUGGAAGCCGAGGAGAAACUAUCCAAGGAGGGGACAACUGUCUCCCCAGCCGCAAAAGAGCCUGAGACAUCAGGGGCUGCAACAGAGGAGAUGAAAGGCCCAGUAGGGGAACCACACACCAAGGACAGUGUCCCCAAGGAUGAUGUCCCUGAGGAUGAUGUCCCCAAGAAUGGUGUCCCCAAGGACAUUAUCCUCAAAGAUGGUGUCCCCAAGGAUGGUGUCUCCAAGAAUGGUGUCCCCAAGGAUGGUGUCCCCAAGAAUGGUGUCCCUAAGGACAGUGUCCCCAAGGAUGGUGUUCCUGAGAAUGGUGUCCCCGAGAAUGGUGUCCCCAAGGACAGUGUCCCCAAGGAUGGUGUCCCCAAGAAUGGUGUCCCUAAGGACAGUGUCCCCAAGGAUGGUGUCCCUGAGAAUGGUAUCCCCGAGGAUGGUAUUCACAAGGAUGGUGUCCCCAAGGAUGGUGUCCCCAAGGACAGUGUUCCCGUUGAUGGUGCCCCCACAGGGCUGAAGGAGGAAGCUGAUGGGCUAGAGACGCGGGUGCAGGGGGAGUCUGGGAAGGAGGCUGAGCGUAAGCAGGAAGCCAGGGCAGAACCUGGAGAGGAGAAGGGCAGGAAGGAAAGGGCUGCAGCCGAACCCAAGGAAGCUGAGGCUAUGCCAGCCCCACAGAGGCAGAAGGUGGAUGAGGAACAGGCUCUGGGAGAACCUGAGGAGAAUGACAGGGCAACCAACAGAGACAAACCCGCGCCCACAGGGGCUGGUGGGGACCAGGUCACUGAGCAAGAGGCUAAGAUGGGAUCUCAAAAGGUGGCCAUGGGUGGCGAACCCCACGCAGCUGAUGAGAAAGAGGAGGCUAAAAGGAGUGCAGAGGAGCUGGAGCCUGGAGGCCCUGGGGAAGACCAAGAGCAGGGUGAGGACCAGGAGCCAACCGAGGAGGCCACGGGGGUACCCAGCUCCCCUGAGGUGUGGCCCGAGAGCCCCAGUGAGGAGGGCCCCAGCCUCAGCCCAGAUGCUGAGGACUCUGCAGCCUCGGGGGACACCAGCCCUGGUGCCAGUGAGUGUUCGCCUGGCGAUGCGCCCCAGAGCCCCACGGAGCCCCCCCCUGCGAGGGAGAAGGAGCCGGCCCCCGGGCGCAGGGUGUCGGCCGCCGCCCGGCCCCGAGGCCCCCGCGCUCAGAACCGCAAAGCCAUCGUGGACAAGUUUGGCGGGGCGGCCUCAGGCCCCACGGCGCUGUUCCGCAACGCGAAGGCAGCGGGGGCGGCCGUCGGAGGCGUCCGGAGCAUGCUGCUGGCGUGGUGCCAGGCCAUGACCAGGAAGUACGAGCACGUGGACAUCCAGAACUUCUCGGCCAGCUGGAGCAGCGGUAUGGCCUUCUGCGCGCUCAUCCACAAGUUCUUCCCCGACGCCUUCGACUACGCCGCUCUGGACCCUGCCCAGCGCCGGCACAACUUCACCCUGGCCUUCUCCACUGCAGAGAAACUGGCUGACUGUGCCCAGCUGCUGGAUGUGGACGAUAUGGUGCGGCUGGCUGUGCCCGACUCCAAGUGUGUGUACACCUACAUCCAAGAGCUGUACCGCAGCCUCGUGCAGAAAGGGCUGGUGAAAACCAAGAAAUGAAGGCUGUCAGGAGGGCGCCCUGGGCCUCACUUCUGCUCCCUGGAGACAGCAGAGCUGAGGGCCAGGCAGGGCCAGGUGGCCCAGCCUUGACUGCAUUACAAGGACUUUUGUAAAACAGUCUUAGUUCUUGGCUUUCUCCCUCCCCACCACGCCCACUGCACAAACAGUGGCCAAAAAUAAACAAGCAGGCAUGGCUGGGGCCUGAAGUCCCCCAAAGGC